AAUCUGCUAUAUUAUUCCAAGCCGAAUUUGGUCUGUUUUAGCUCCGCAUCGGUGGAUCCGUUGAACGAUCCUCUAAAAGACCAGAGCGUCGCAGGCGGCCUUCGCAAAAGCAAAACGAAACACGCGAAAACCUUAACGAACCGUAUCGAGUCAACCAGAAAUCCCAAAAAAGGAAUAACCAACAGAAGAACCCGUCCUCCACGAAAGUCGGCAGCGAAAGACGCAAAAGACAAAAUGGCGGCGGCGGCGGCGGCGCCGCCCAACAAAGUCGCUCUGAAAUCACCAAAGGCGAAACCCAGCGAACCAUUGGAAUGCGAUCACUGUGGCAAGCAAUUUUACCGGAAGACGCACCUGGUGAUCCACAUGAGAACGUACAAACAUCAAUGCAAGUCCUGCGAUCAGAUGUUCCGUCUAAGGAAAGAAUUGAAGUCGCACGUGAAAGAGAAGCACGGGCCAGUGAUGUAUCCGUGUGCUAUCUGCGAAUAUAAAAGCACAAAUAAAUGGACGUUGAAAGACCACGUGAUCCGCAAACACACGACCAGCUACCAGUACACCUGUACAAUCUGUCAAAAGAAGUUCAAGCUGAAGAACGACUUGAAGCAACACACCAAUCAGAUGCACAACGACGCGCCGCCAAUCAUUUGCACCGUUUGCGGCCACGCCUCGAAAAGUGUCCCAGCUCUGAAAGCGCACAUGAGGUACAGACACUGCAAGCCCGCAUUCGAGUGCAGCAUAUGCAAACGUUGUUUGUCCACGCAGAACAGUUUGGACCAGCACCUGCUUUGGCACGAGAAGAAAGAGAAAGUGGUGUGCCCCACCUGCGGGAAGACUUUCGGGCAGAAAAGAGACCUCGAGAUUCAUUUGAGGAUUCACGAGGGCAUCAGACCGUAUUCUUGUCCAUUCUGCAGCAAGACUUUCCCUAGGAGGAACGCUCAGGAGCAACACAUGCUGAUACACACCGGGAUGAGACCGUACACCUGCGACAUAUGCGGACAAGCCUUCGCUCAGAAGCCGGGCUUGAUUUGUCACAGGAAGAGACAUCCUGGACCACUGCCGCCGUUGCCUGUGAUCUCCGUUAAGAAGCUCAUCAUGGACUAUACUCAGGGGUUGAACGAAGUGUCCAAGGUUGACCAUGGCGAAACGAAGGAGGACAAGGAAGAGGAUAGAGAUCGAGUUCGCGAGAAGGAGGACAGAGUGAUUUGAAGCUAGCUAUCUUGGGGAUUGUUUUUUCUAUUGUUUUGCAGGGAGACGACCGUGAAGCGAGUGCAAUAUUAUUUACAUUGCAAAAUUUUAUAUAGGUGGUAAAUAGAGGAAUAGGUAAUUUCGUGUAGGUGAAAACUUGGAUAAUAGCAGAGAGACUGGAUUUGAAAGCUAUAUUCUUAAUACUUGAACGAUCGUGUGUCGCUUAAGGUGAUUUUUCUAUGAGACUAUGGACUUUCCCGUUUAGAGAUGAACAAUGAAUAUUUUUGAAUAUUUAGGAAGUAUCUAUGGAAUGGUAACGAUAAAGAAGGAAACUUUUGAAUGGUCUUUCAAGUGUUAAGAUUAGAAUUUACUUUGGUACGCGUAUUCUUGUCAGUGAUGAUAGACAAUAAUGAGUGAGCAAUUUAGAGUCUUGAAGAAACGAUACUGCGAUGGCUCGGUUUUCUUAUUUUGUUUCUUCCGACGUUGCAUUUGUAGCGUGAUUCGCGUAAUUGUGAAUAAAUAUUUCCUCGAAAAGUGUGCAAUGAUUUCGUGGUCGAGUUAAUGUGUUUCAGACUUUUACCUGAGAAGCUUGACUGCGCUUAGCUACUCCAUUGAGUCUUACUAUUCUAAAAUAGAACGUUCAAUUAAAAAGUGACGAAAACCGUUACAACGUGUAUGUACUUUUUGUACGGCAGUGUAGGUUAAUUCCAUUAGCGAAGACUAAAAGUAUUCGGAGCAUGUUGUUUCGAAUGAAUGGAGAAUAUCGAAAAGCGAUUUUCUUAUCGUUAAUCAGCUGGAUUGUUGACGUUUACGAAGGCUCAAAAUGCUUUCUAAGUUUUAUACGGAAUUUUGAAAACUUGUCUAGAUUGGAGUAAUUGAUGAGAUCUAAUAAAAUGAUUAAGUAUGGUGUUGAUAUUUUGUACUCAUUUGUACAGAUAUAUCGCGUGUGUAUUUCAAAAGUAAUUAAGAAAGAACGAACGCUAUGAGAAAUUGUAACUAACUUGAAUAUAAUAAAGAAAUUAUACUUUUGAACCGACGAUAUCAAAUCUUGAAAUCACAUCUCUGUAUGCGAUAAAGAGUGAGCAAAAGAAGAACUACAUUUUGUUUUGUUAUUUAAGAAUUUGAUUUCGCGAAAAUGAAUAAUAUUGAUAUUGAGAAAGUAAUUCUUAUUAAACGGAUGAUUCAACUGAUAUGAUUAAAACCUUGUAUCAAAUAAUCCCUGUAAUCCCAUUUCAAAUAUUUAUCUACGCAUCAUCAAAUAUUGGUACGUAUUCAGUAUUAAUCACGCGGGAAAGGUCUGUCGAAAUUCUCUAAACAAUAAAGUGACAAACAAAAUUUCAACUUUUCACUGUACAAGCCAAUUCGUAAAAAUACAAACUAUUCUAACAAUCAGUAACCAAAAUUAUAUUUCAAAGACAGAACUCCCCCACAAGUCUAACCUAACAUAACAUCUAGACUGCGGAUGUUAUACGCAUAAAACGUUAUCAUCAUUUACAUUAUUCAAACUAUCAUUGAUUACCAUACUCUAUAAUAACUCCAGAAGAGAAGACAUAAAUUCUCAUUCGAAAACUUUCAGUUAACCGAAGCAUUUGCAGUCUAUCAGUGAAUUAUAAAAAUCACAUAAA